ACAUUCUCAUUCAUUCAUUAAUGGCGGAUCAAAGGUUGUAUGAUUUCUUACACAUGCAACCUCACUCAUCUGAUUCCGGCGCCGUCAACCAUCAUCAACCUAUAGCAAGAGUCUUCUCUUGCCUAUACUGUCCUCGCGUCUUCUACACUUUUCAGGCACUUGGUGGCCACCAGAACGCCCACAAACGUGAAAGAGCCGCCGCUCGCCGCUCCUACACCACCGCCACAAGUGCACCCAUCGCCGCUGCUAGUGCUGUUGGUACUCCUCCUCCUCCUCCGCCAGUGGAACAUCAUAAUGACGUUGAUCUUACGCUUCGGUUGUAAUGAUUUCGCUAUAUAUAUAUGUAUGAUGUUGGUAGGUAGCUAACGUUUAAGUCUAAUCAGUAAGUAGCUAGGGUUGGGAUGUGAAUGAAUGUGAUCGAUGACGACUUCUUUGUUUGAUUUGAUUUCGUUUAAUGUUCAUGUCAUUUCAUGCGAGUAAUACUACUUACUUACUUUUUGGGUAUAAAAUGAAAGCAAGUGAUAAUCAU